AUGGCGUCUUUUUCGUUGACGGAGGAGGAUGUGCUACGGUGCUGCCGCAGCAAGUCGCUCACAAGGAGGCCUCCGCGAGCAGCGCUCACGAGGAGGCCGCCACGAGCAGUGCUCGCUAGGAGGCCACCGCAAGCAACGCUGGCAUGGAGGCCAUCGUACGCAGCUCUCGUGAGGAGGCCGCCGCAAGCAGCACUCGCGAGGAGGCCGCUGAAAGCAGCGUUCACGAGGAGUAAUGUAAGGUUGCGCCAAGAGUUGCUUGAAUCAUCCCCAAAGAUUGUCAUUACUAUUAUAAGGGAGAUUGUAAGAGUGAUAUCAUAUGUUGGUUUUUUCUAUGGUCAGGUUCUUCAUAACAUUGCUAUUGCAGAAUACUUUCACUGGAAUAUGCUACGAAACCUUGCUGGCAUCUAUUAUGAACAAAGUCAACUUGACAUGGCAAUUCUGCAUUACAAGCAAGCUAUCAACUGUGAUUCUACCUUUAUUGAAGCUUACAAUAAUCUGGGGAAUGCUCUCAAAGACGUUGGACAUGUGGAAGAGGCUAUCAAAUUCUAUAGGGGAAAUUAUGCAGAAGUGAUAGCCUGCUACAAUGAAGUUCUUCGCAGACUGCUGCUAAUGGUCUUGUCAAUAGAAGGAACACAUUUAAGGAGAUUGGUAGAGUUACUGAAGCAAUUCAGGAUUAUAUACGUGCUGUGAAUAUCAGACCAACUAUGCCUGAAGCCCAUGCAAAUUUGGCUUCAGCUUACAAAGAUAGUUUACAAAUUUCAAGUACUCCAGAGUUGAAAUUGAUGAAGUGCGGUUUGAGUGGGCUGAA